UUCCGAUCUGUUACCAUGAUGGCUGCGUCUGAGCACCAGCGCGCCCUGCCUCGAGCAGGCGGCGGCAGCAGAAAUCAAGCCUUACUACAUGGGUGUGCAAAACGGUAUUUAUUUAUUUAGGUUGUAAACAUUUAAAAUGCAGCGCUUUGCUCUGCCCUCCUUUAUCCUCUCCAGCAAGUGGGGUCACGCGCUGAGAUAAAACGGGUUCGGAGUUGUUGUUUUUAAUUCGCGCGCGGGCUGCGAGAGGCGAGGAACCGUUUGUACCACGUGACGGCGAGAGGCCGGUCUCUUUCCCUUCCCCCCUUGUAGAUUUCCCUCCCCAAUCGGCGCUGCCUCACGUGACCAUCACGUAGCCCGUAACUCUACGGUGGCCCGGCGAGUUCCGCUCGUUUCCUAGGAAACGGCGGCUGACGCCUGGCGCGGAUGGGGCCGAGUCGCUCCGCGGACCCUCGUCGUCCCAUGAAGAGUUCCGCCUCGGCAGGUGAAGUCCCGCGAGGGGAUAUAGAAGCGAGCCGUCGCCUUCUCGGGGUGGUGGUGAGAAAGAAACGGGCCCCUAUGACGAGGCCUCUCAGCCCUGCCGGAGCGGGGGGGGGCUGGUCCCUGGGAACUUGAAGAGGGAAUAAGCAGAUGCAAAAAGGCUAGAGCUGUCAACAGGUGUGGCAGAUGCGAGGAGCCUUUGUCUCCCUGUGAAUCAGGUGUAAAGCCCCCCUCCCCCCGCCGCAUUUCCUACUUCUAAGCGCCCUCCCUCGCUUGCCAGCGUUGGAAACAGAAUGCUGGGCACUUAAAAUUGCCCUCUUCCUCAUCAAGCAACGCAAAUCCAUAUGGCUCAUACCUCAAGCUGCUCAUAUCCACCUGUAUCUAUAUGCAAGUCUGCAUAUACAGACUUGGGCCACGCAGUUGAAACUGAUCUCUCUGAUUUUCAGUACGGCUAAUUACGUUUAGUAGGACAGGUGGGCUCAGGCUGGCAGCUCAGGAAAUCCAUAAGGUGGCAGACCUAUGCAUGCUUUCCUGGGAGUAAGCACCAUUGCACUCAAAGGGCUGAGUUAAAACAGGUAUAGGAUUAUAAUGUAAGCUUUCCUUAGACACUUUGUUAAAUUUCUUUGAUGAUAAAUGCAGAUAAAUUGAGGCACUACAGAUGAAGGAAUAGGAUUUUUAGUUUUUACAAAAGGCCGAAAUAUUUUCUUUCUUUUUUCUUUCUGUACUUAGUUGUAAAGCAAACAAUAUUAUUUCUUGUGCCUUUUUUUAUUUAAAAAAAGCAGAUUAGAUUAUGUGUCAUGAGAGGUGGCAUUUGUAAUCUUCUUACCGUGUUUUCUGAGACUUUUUCCAUGUGCUUACAUAACAAUACCUUAUUUAAUUGAAUUCUCUGCAGUCAUCCCUGUUGUUUUAUAUUGUAGUGCCAUGUAGGUUUCAGAAGAACAAUGAGCAAGAUGUGGAAAAUAUGCUUUGUGAUAAACUUCCCAAAUUGGGAUUUGUUUUUGAUAUUUUGUGUCGGCACUCGACACAUCUAGAGAGCUUUAAAAUGUCCUAUUAGAGACCAAUCAAGACACUUCUCAUUUACUUUUUAUAUAUAUAGUAUAUAUUCCUGGAUUAUGAAUUACUUGAAGAAGGUUUAAAGGCCUGUUGUUCACCCAUAUUGGCUCAGGAAGGGAUUUUCUUUGAGAGGUAAGUUUGCUUGUAUUCAUAGUGACAAUUGCUUUAUUUACAUUUUGGGAAGUGUUUCUAUUAUUUAGUUAUCUGAACAAAAAUAUUUGAGAUAUUUGACUAGAACAUAGCUAAGGAGAUAUCCAAGUUGCACAACAUAGCAAAACAUGGUACACCUAACUAUUUCAAUCUCAGGAUCAUUUCUCUUGUGUUAGUUGAAUGGAGUGGGUGGCUUAUAGGAAAUAAUUGUUUUGUUUGCUUGUUGUUUAUUUAUAUGGAGCCAUCAGCAUUCAAUGUGUUUUAUAGAGUAAUGUAACAAAAGACGGGUUUUGACUUACAAGAUAAGAAUUCAUUUUAAUAGAAUUACAUACCCUCCAACAUUUCUCCUAUGAAAAUAGGGACGUCCCAUUCCAUAAUGAUAAUUUUACUAGAUAGAUAAUUUAUUACGGUUGGAGACCAGCUUAUAAAACACACUUGGGGGUACAAUCCCAGAAGGAAAACAAACAUUUAAAACAAUGUACAACAAUAAAUUUAAAAUUUAUAAAUGCAAUAAGUGUAUAGUAUAGACACUUAAAACUUUAAGAUAAGCUACCGCAGAGAGAUAACAGUAAUUUUACUAUUUAUACCACACACAUCUUACUGGGUUGCCCCAGCCACUCUGGGCAGCUUCCAACAUAUAUAAAAACGUAAUAAAACAUUAAGCAUUUUUUAAAAAAACUUCCCUAUACAGGAUUGCCUUCUGGUGGCUCAGGGAGGGGGGGUGUCAGAUAAUUCCAUACCCUCCACCAUUUCUCCAGUGAAAAUAGAGACAUCCUAAGAAAAAGCGGGACAUUCCAGGAUCAAAUCAAAAACUGGGACGGCUUCUCUAAGUCAGGGAUGUCCCUGGAAAAUAGGGACACUUGGAGGAUCUGGAAUUAACUCAUGGAAGACAUGGUUUUCAGUCUCUCUUGUGAGAAAUGACAAAAUUCCAGCAAGCUUACUAUCUUCCACGGAUAGAACCUUAUGUAAGAAGAGCUUUCAUUUUAAGACUCUGGUAUUUACAUAAGAGUGCAGAAGUACGUGACUUUCGGAGCAUGACUUUAAAGAGCAUUAGAGUUCUGCUGGGUCAGACCAAGGGCCUGUCUACUCCAGCAUGAAUGGUUUGUUAAAGGUUGUCAAACAAGUAUGCUAAGAGCAGAUUGGAAGGUUGUACAUUAAAAAUUCAAAUACUUGGCGGCAGUAAUUUAAUUUGUGCUUUAUUCUGUUUUUGUUGUUCAUGCUGUUUCUUUUAUUAUCUACUUGGUAAUUUCAGGGAUUUGCGAGUUUAAACGCAGUUGCUGAUUAUGGCUCACCGGUUUUCAAAAGAAGACCUAGAUGAACAGUUUGAACAGUUUUUGAAAGAGGUAUUGUUACACUUUUUUUUCUUUACUGUAUUCUUUCAGAGACAUACCUGCAGUUUGGCUAAACUUAUUAACAUCUAUGAUUGGCUUACAAGAGAUGAAUUCCGAUUUAUGGAAUUAACUUUUGGAAGACAGAGCUUUCAUUUUCUUUUGUGAGAAAUGGCAAAAUAUACAUCUCUCUUUAGCUUGUUCCUAAUUUUUACAGAGCUUGGUGUAAACAAACAGAUCAUGUUCUUUAUUAGUGCGUUUGACUGUUAAGUAUUUCCUGUAAAUGAAAGGUUCUGUAGCUAGUCACUGUUAGAUCUGUGACAGUGGGUGAUCCAUCAGUGAGACUCUUGGUUAUCAUUCUUUAUUGGAUACCAUAGCAGGGAUCCUGUUGCUUCCUUUCUAAUGAGAGGAGAAGCAACUACAGUGUGCACAUCAUAACCAUUGCCAUAUAUAUGUUAGGGUGAUGUAAGUUCAGCAGUUAAUGCACAUAGCAGCCAGCCAUUCUGCACAUUCACCAGGCCUCAUUGAGAAUGUGCACAUAAUCUGUCCAGUGUUUUGCACUCUGGAUUCAACAAUGGAAUUGAUUCAACUAACUGGUCCUGCUAGUGAAAGCCUUAUAAAGGACUUCCGCUAGUGUAAUGGAACUUCCCCCCACCCUUCCCUGCCCAGCACCCAGAUCAGCUCUACAGAGAACUCCAGAACAGUGCACAGCAGGAGGAGAGGAGAGAUUGUUUCAUCAGACAAGCAGAAAUGCUUCCACAGUUAGAAUGUUUGUAACAGCAUCAUGUUGAACUCCUCCUUCUAUACGUAGGGCAGUAGUCAAUGCUAGUCCUACUCAGAGUAGACCUAUUGAAGUUAAUGGACACGACUGACUUAAGUUCAUUAAUUUUUAGUGGGUCUGCUCUAAGUAGGACUUGGUUGACUACAACAGCCUUGGACACUGUGCAUAUCUCAACUGCAUUUUGUACAUUCUCUGGAAUCUUGAGGAAUGUGUUUAUCUGUAUUUUAGUACUGCCCCCCAUGCUGCUAUUAAGCAUAGUCCUAUAUGGCAUGUCUACAAGCACAUUGUGUGUGUGUGUGUGUGUGUGUGUGUGUAAGUGUAACUACGCACUUGUAACCCACACAUUGUGUGGACACUCAGAGUUGUAUCCAACUCACGAUAGACCCACUGAAAUAAACAAAGUUAAGUUAGUCAUGUCCACUAAUUUCAGUGUGUCUACCCUAUUACUUAGUUGGAUGCAACUCUCAUCUUUUGUAAAAUGCUUCAUGGUGUGUGCCAUUAAUGAGGCAACCUGAUUUAAUUACACUGUAUGCUACUUUUUCAAUGCUACUAUCAUGCUACAUUUGGCUUUCCAAUAAGAACCAUUGUUAUUUAGAUCCAAAUCUCACCGCUAACUCUAUCUAACUGCUUUGUAUAGUCCAUGAUUUUGCACGGACAUACAGAGGUGGGGUUUUUUUUUUGUCUUUUUAUUUUUUGUCUGUCAAACCGGGGCUUGGAUGAUACAGCUAAAAAGGCCUGGAUAAUUCCUUUCUUUUUUCAGUCUUUCUCAUUAUGGUCAUGUUCAUGCAAUUUAUAUAUCAGGGACCUGUAAUGCCAUUUUUUUCUGUAAGUGUUUUCUUUCCCAGCUGUUACUCUACUGUUUUUGAAGUUGACAAGAUGGCUAGACAUAGAAGGUUUCCAGAUCUCUGUUGAAACAUCUGGGGACAUUUCAGUUUCUUCAGUUACAAUGCUCUGAGGAGUGUCGGCAUCAUCCUAGUUCCACUUGCUGAGCAGAGGAUGCAGUUAGUCGCAAAAGAAAUAGCAAGUGAUAACAGAACUUGCAUCAAGCACCUGUCAGUAGCUCCCAGUGCAGUUGUUUUGUGGCUUCAGUGUUGCAUUUGAACUUGUGCUCUGCCUUAAAAACAGAACUUAACUUUGACUUUGUUAUUUAUAUGCUAUGCAUUAAAAUUAUAUUAAAAACAUAAAUCUGUUUUCUCUGCAUAGUUCAAUAGCUUCGAAAAGUAGAAAUAAAUGCUGUUAUUUUGUCUUUACCACUUACUUAAGGGCUGCUUCGUAUGCUAUGUUUCAAUACUUGAAAUGUCUAGAAAAAGUCUAUACUAUGUACAUUACUGUGGGUUGAUUCAGAUGUAAGACCAAACAAUGGCUUAUGUUUAGACUUUUUUUAAAGAAAAACCUUUAAAAUCUAUUUAAUUAAAAUCAUUUCUAAACUUCUUGAUACUUAAAAAAUAUUCUAAGCAGCUCACAAGCAGUACAGAUCAACAUAAAAGCAGUGAAAUAAUCUCAUAAUAAAUAAAAGAUAAAACGGAAGUCCUGUAGUUAAGUGUUCAAUCUUAUGGAUCAGGAAAAGCCUGCACAAACAGAUACAUCUUUACAAGACUUCUGAAGCAAAUAAUUAAUGUUGUGUCAUAUACAGCAGAAGAAAAGACAUUCCAAAGUGUGAGGAAAACCUUGGAAAAUGACGAUUUUUUGGUCACCACCCUAUGAUAUUCUGUAGUGUGCAGUGCUAAGUGAUCUUAGAAGUCUGCAAGCAAUCCUUUGGGUAAUUGUUGUGUUCUGCACAUGGUUGUACAGAAAGUCCUUGGCAUAUGUCUGCAGGUUCUGCUACAAGUACAUAAGCGUCUUUCUUUCCCUUCCCAGAAUGACAGUGAUGAGAAAUACUGGGGAGUAGUCAGAGAUUAAUUUGUCUGCUAAAACAGAAGAAGAGAGGCUAGAAACCGCACAAAUACCACACUUUGCCAUAGAAUAUCAGUACUCUGGUCCUCCGGUAAAUUACCAUGGAAUUGAUCAUCAAUAUUAGUUAAGACCCAUUGAAUUGCUGCAAUAUGCUCAACUCUCUUUGAGAUCAGUGGGUCUUAAAAAAGCUUAACUUUGAACCGGUCUCAUGUCCUAUUUUAUGGAGACCCAAGAAAAUAAACCGUAACAGCACAAGUAAUUCUUGCUUCUGAUUCAGUCCCUUUCAGAUGAUUCACUUGGAAAUGAGCCAAAGAAAAAAUCCAGCAUUCCUGACUCUGUUGGGCAGGCCACAAAUAAAGAACCGAAGAAGAAUCCUGUGCCGUGGUGGAUAUCUGAGGAUGAUUCCGAUAAUGGUAGUGAAUUCUAUUUGGAUUCUGUGUAAUGUUUUUACUACUUGUGACCACAAGAUGGCAAUCAAGGCCUUUUGUGUUCAUAGUUUUUAUGAUUAUUUUUUUACAAAUAGAAUUAUUGAGGUUCCUGUGUUAGAUAAAGUAAUUUUCAGUUUUAAAGAUGCUGUUCUUAAAAUACAGACUACUCAAGCAAGCCAUUGUGGAACCUGUGUGUCAAAGUAGGUGAGCGAUGCAGCCUCUGCAGGCAAAAACAUUUUCUCUGAAUACUGUUUGAUUUUACUUAUGCAAAGUUCUUGUACAAACAUCUUGUUUUAAGAAAAUGACUGUUCUGCAUAUUGAGCGCUUCUUUCCAGGUCACAUACUGGUUCCAGAAGCACAAAUUAAGUAGGCUCAUAUUUAGUUGUGAAUGAGUUUCUCUCUUAUCCCUAGUCAAGUGCAGUAGUGCCUAAGGAGUGAAUUCACAUUCUUUUGGGCCUCAUAUUUGGUGAAGGAUUUGCAAGGUUACCUGAGGACAAAAGUGUUGCAUGGAGAGUGCAGUCAGGAAUGUAUGGCAGCUGAUUGAGAUAGUGUACUUUGAUUCCUUUGGUCUUCAGCCAAGGUUGCAUUGGCCAGCGGUCGCUGUUUCCAGUCAUGGACUUCUAUACUUGGCAUGCUAAGACACUGAUGCUGUCUCAAAGGUGCUUGCCCCUGCCAUUUAUUAAAUCCUUUUUUGGACUUAACUUGCUUGUUUGCUUUUUGGUAACCUCCCCCCUCAAAAAAAAGAAAAUUGACAUGAUGUCUUCCUUGGCUUUCUACAUAUGUUGUUUUUCUCUCAUUUCCCAAGUUGCUAAGACAAACAGAUUUAUCAAACAAGAAAAUGAGAAGAAACUCAUUGGGGCAAAAGAUGAAAUGAUUGAAGAUAGUGAAAACAAAUCACCACUUUCAAAUAACCAGUCUGGUACUAGAUUUAGUUACCCCUUUUUAGAGAUCAGCUUUGCAAUAGUUGUGCUAUAUUGCAAGUCAAAAUCAAUUAUUUCUGAGAAAUAAUGGUUUUCCUUUGUUUGAUACCAGUUCUGAUCAAACAAAUAUUGGCUUUAAUUAUGUGUGCCAUCGCCAACAGUAUUUGGUGAACGCAACUUUGACUUGGGUGAAAAACCUCGUGCUUAUUUAGGCAACAUACAAAAGUAUGUAAAUAUGGUAUGAAUUAAUUGUGUAAUCGUGAGCUAUGUGUAGAGAUGAUGCAUGGUGCAGUGCUCAGCCAGGAAUUAGGAUUGGACAAAUUCAAUCUGAAUAUUAGACCAGUUAUUAUAAUCACACCCUUUAUUCAUUUUUACUGUUAAGUUUCAUUGCAAACAGUGCUUGAGCAAACCAGUUUUGUUUUGUUUUUUACACUGAGCAUUCUGACUCCAUGAACAUGUGCAAUAUUUCUUGUAAAGCAUUAAAUAAAUAGUUUGGUGUAUACUUCAAGGAAGCGUAAUUUAGCCAAAGAACUGUGUGGUGUUGUUUUAGAGGAGUUGUCUAAUCGUGGUGCACUUCUAGCUGCAGUGUGAAAAUAGCUAGAUAUUGAGUCAUUUUUUUCAGCUUGGUAACAAAAUUUACCCUUCUUUUUUUGGUCCCUAACCAAUUACCUGUACACUUGUGACUGUUUGUGUGUAGUUAAAGUAGUUGCUCCUAAACCCUUUUCAAGUGCAUCCCACAGCAAGGCACUGGCUAAGUACAAAACACUGGAAAAAUCCCUUAAGGCAAAGAAAAGUGUGUGUUCUAACAAAGAAGAAAUCUCUGCUAACAACAACCAUGACCAUACUAAGGGUAACAAGCCUAAACUGGUUUUUCAGUAUGAUUUUUAAAAUUAUUGUUUAAAAGAACUAUUCACACAUAUAGCCUUUUCGUUAAAAAGUGCUACUGAAUGUAGUCUGUUCUUUUUUACAGCUAUAAAUUGUUGUCUGUUUUUAACUUUUUUAUAUGGCUUUUAUUGCAUGUUUUAUAUAUUAUUGAUGUAAACUGCUUUGAUGUUUUUCUUUUUAUAGUACAGCAGAAUAUAAAUAUUUUUUAUUAAUCAAUAUACCACUGAAUGGGCUUCAUUAAGUAAGCAGGGCUCUGUUUCCUGGCCUAUGUUUGAAUCUAUUCAUUUUGCAAUUUAUGAAAUAUCCUAGGGUUUUUUUUAUAAAAAAUCUUUCAAUGAUUUAUUAAUAGAACUUCCAACCUAGUUAUCAGCUAUAAUGUAGGAGCCAGUGGUGCAGGAGUUAACGUGAGUGAAUGUCUAUUAUUUUUAGAAAUAAUCUAGAAAAUGAAGUUGCCAGGAUAUCGCGCUUUGUGAAAUAGAGUUGUGAAAGCAAAGAUCCAUACUUGGAAUGGAGAGAGCCCUGUGCACUGGCUUCCAUGUGGGCCUUGGGGAUGUACUGAUUAUCUCUUCCAGUUGCAGCCCUCAAGAAGCUUUUAGACAGUCCGUAAACUAUACGGACCAAUGAAGGGAUUUUUGACACCUUAGUAGUGCAGUGCACUUUUAUUUCUCCUCCAAAAUAAAGAUUGCUUUCUCCCACAUGCACCUCCCCAAAUCUUGAGAUCCUCUUCAGAGACGCUGCUUACUAGGGAGGGGACUUUUCAGUAGUUGAGCUGCAGCUAUGUGACCCACCUCCCUGGUGAGACUCGCCUGGCACUUUGUUUUUUAUUAUUUUGGUGCCUGAUAACACCUUUUGAUUUUUUUCAGGCCUGAAAAAAUGUGAGAUUUUUCACAAUUGUAAACCAUUGUUUACAUGUUGUGCAUUGUUUGGCCUUACAGUGAAACCGGUUUUAUCUCUAUCCCUGCUGACGUGUUGUUUUUAAAGCUAUGAUUUGUUUUUUUAUGGUAUCUGUUUUAUGUUUGCAAGGCAUCCAAAGAUCAGUCUUGUGUGGCAACCUAUAUAAAUUCCAAAAAUAAAACUGUGUUCCAGCAUGGAUUUUUAUGUCAGACUUUUCUUCCCCCUCCUCCUUUUGUUUUAAGGAAUACGCAGCACAAAUAGUAGUUUUCUGAAGUCGCGAAGGCUUUCUCAUGCUAUCAUGGAAGUAGACGAAGAUCAUGCGGGAAGCAUUCAGCUUCAGCAACCUAGUGGGGUUUCGGUUUCUUUAAGCAAAGAUAGCCUGGAAACUAACGGUAAAAUUGCUUCAGACCUCAAACUUCCCUCUCCCCCAGCCCUACUCAGCUUUAUUUGGCAGAUUAAAUAACUGUUAAAUUAUAUGUUGAAUAUGAACUGACCCCCUUAAAAUAAUAUGAUACUUAUUUUUACACUGGCACUAAAACUUGGGAGAUGCUGCAAUCAAAUGAUGUUGUAUAGUGCUGUUCAGGCCUUUAGCGUUCUCUGAAUUGCUCUUAUUAUAAUUACUUCAGUCCCCAGUCUGUUCCAGCCAUAGGAGCUCUGGUGCACACAUGCAGCUCUCCUGCUCAGAACAUCUUCUCUGUUUCUAUGAGGUUAUACACAACUACACCAGAGUUUUGUGAGCACUCAGUGCCAGUUUCAUAAACACGCAAUAAAUGUAUAAUGCUCAUGAAACUCUGCUAUUUUUAGAAUAGGCUUGUUUAAGAUCAAGUCAUACAUUUUUGGGCAUUAUCUCUGCAUUUUCUUGAUUUCUCACUUAAAGCAGUGCCUGGACACUAGACAAUUUCCCCCUGCAAUUACCUUCUUACGAAAAUUGAUAUUAAUUUACUGUACUUAUUUAUAUUCUGGUGCGUUUAAAUUUAGAUUCUGUUGUGGCUUCAGGGCCUCAUGAGAUCUUUUUGGGAGCCGGAUUGGAUACUUUAGAAGAACAAGAGGAAAAGGAGAAGUUCUUUGCUGAUCUUGAGAAAGGAGCAUCAUCUACGAUAGACUAUUCUAGAUUGAAUAAGGAGCUGGAUUCCAAUGAUUCUGAAGGAUUAAGAGCAUUUCUACGGUAAAGUUAAAAUAAAAAUCAAUAGUUCUAGUAAUAUUCAGAACUCGAAACAUUCAUGUGAUAUUUUCAGUAAUAGUUUCUUAAGCAGGGCAUAAUAAUAUCCAGUUUUCUAAUGAUUAAACCUCAAUUCUCUGCUUUGAACUGUGCAAAUUAAAUCUUCCUGUUAUGGCUCACCGUAUUCAGGAUUCUGAUUGAAUUUGUGGCUAACCUGUAGGCCUCCAGCUGUUGCUGGACUCCCAACUCCCAUCUGCCCCAGUCAAUGUGGCCAGUACUUGGGGUUGAUGGGAGCUGUAGUACAACAACAUCUGAAGGACCACAGGUUCCUCACCCUGUUUUAAAACGUGACUUAAUUGUGAGUGUAUUCCUCACCCUCUCUUAUGACUCCCCUCUGCAGAUUCUGCACACAGCAGAUUAGCCACAGUGUGGCUUGUCAUGUCACAUGGACCCAGAUAAUGGUUUUUUUGUUUCAAACAAGCAGUAAGUCAACAACAACAACAACAACAACAACAACAAUAAUAAUACUAUCGCCUGUUUGUGCUGCACAUGGAAGCAGGAGGGCUGGGAGGCACAUUUGCUAUUAAGCCAAUGUUUAAAACAGACCAUGGCUUAGCGUCAAGAGUUCUGUACUACUUGCAAAGUUGUCUAUUUUGCAUAGUUUAGAUUUUUAAAAUUUUUUUAGAAGGAUAUGCUGUUAACUACCAGAACAGCAGAGCAGUCUGUACUAUGAGCAUGAAAACAAAUUUGUUCUGUCUAAUACUGUUGGGUGAGAGACGUUUUUCUAGAAGUAAUGCUGUCAUAUUUUGCAGAAAUCACUCUGAAGCCAAACAGGUAGAAGAAGGCAAUGAAGAUGAACCGAGGAACCAUGAAAAAUCUGGUAACUGUACUUCAGUGUUUUAUUAUCAUUUGCUUUAUAGACAGCAUUUUAUGGACAAUAAUUUGACUUACGAAGUGAAUGAUCCGUGCAGGUCAGGUCACAAUAGCCUAAAGCUGUAGUUACCAGAGACAAAUGAAAGCAUAUUGCUGUCUGCCAUGGGUAACAGAGUGCUGAAACAGAUAUAUUGGGGUGGGGGGGACUUUCUCAGCCUGAGGGCCACAUUGUCUCAUGAACAACUUUCUAGGGGCCUCGUGGAUGGAGCCAGAGACAAAAGUGAGUGGAGCAACAUACAUGACUCUUACCCUUGAGCCAUAGGAUACAUUCCUGCGACUCAGAAGUUCUAAACACACACACCUACCACUUUUAAUCCAGAUAAGCAAAAGGCAUUAUCUCAGUUCAGGGAUACACUCCAGUCAUGCAAAAGCACUCAAGGAAAGUAUGGAGCAGAACUGGUGAGGGGUGGGGUCUGGGAAGAACAGGGUGUGGCCUGGAAAGGGGCGUGGCCUGGGGGGAAUUCCAAGGUCUAGCCAGAAGGACCUGGAAGGCCUCUCUCAGGCCUGAUGUCUUCCAACCCAAGAUAAAAGUUUUAGUCUGAUCAAAGAAGGUUGUUCUUACAAUCUAGCGGUACAUGUGAGAAAUAUUACAGAACUGAUGGAUGCUGAAGAACCUUUUUCAAUGCUUACUGCAGAAUAUCAGUUUUUUUGCAGAGCACAGUGUGCACUUUGGAAGGGACUCUGUUCCAAAUGAAUGAGGGUUUAAGUAUUGGGGUUUUUCAUGCCAUCUAGGUUAUUUCUGCUAGAAGGAGGGUCGAGAGAUUAUCCCUACCCCUAGAACCUUUGUCUAAUACUUGAAUUUGUGCAGUUCACAGUCUGCUGAAGGAGGGGGCUGAGCUGCUUACUCGUGAAUAAAUCUGCAAAUAAAAGGGUUCCAGUCUGUUUCUUGUAUCCAUCUCUUCCUGGUCAUUUGAUCUGAUCCAAAGAAGAGCUAUAUAGAGAUGUAGGGGGAUGGCUGGUCCUAUUUUCUUACAAAGAAUUAACCGUAUGCCUUGCGUCACACACAUUCCAGGUGAUUAUAGUGAAGAUUUUGAAGAAGGUUCAGAAUCUAAUGAAGACAAUAAAGCUGAGCAAGUUCUUGUGACAGAAGCUAAAGUAAGCGUUUUGGAAAAGCAGAACCAUUUCAUGUUUUGAACAUUACUUAUAAUGAUUUUAGUGUUGCUUAUACCCAACGAACAACUUACCAGACAUCUACUGUACAGUGCAAUCCUAUUCAGACACACUAAAGGCCCAUUAGGUUCUUUGGUAGUAGGGUAGCAGAUGAUGAUGACGAUGAUGAUGAUGCAUCCAGCCCAAACGUAAUGGAUGCUAUUUAGUUGAUAGGCUUGCUGUUUAGGGUAGCGGUGGACUCUGUAAUAUUUAAUAUCUGGCCAUUCAAUCCCAUUUGUGACUCUCAGGGUGGUUUUACAAUCCAGGAAUAAAACAAAGGACAAUAAUAAAUGUGACAAAGAUCAAUGUAAUCUGAAAACUGCAGGGGGGGGGGCUGGAUCAGUAGCAGUACUGAUGCAGAAAAAGAUUAGGAGAUAUAAGGCAUGUUACCAAAAAAAAACAUUAACAGUGCCCAGGCAUCACUCUCAGUCACAAAAUAGAAUAGAAAAAGGUUUGUGAAUUGCAGGAUAUGGAUGUGAUAGGAAGAGAGAUGGAAAUCCAUGUGUACAUAUGUGCCUUACUAUUUUAAUAAAGGCAGGAUGAAUGUCCCUGCACUGUAGUUGUAUAGCAGUCAUAUGCUCACCAUCUAAAGCAUUCAAGAUAAUCAAAAUAUGUAUAUUUCACAUCAUGCACAUUCAUAUGUAUUCUCUAACUUUUUAGGAAGAAAAGACUGGCAUGCUGGCUGAAGGUACAAAAAAUUCACAAGAUGUGGAAACGUGUUAAAAAUACAGCACAGGGCUUGAAUGUUUGAUUGGCUUUGCUGUACCCAAUUUUGGGUGAAAAGAGUCAGAAAUUAUCCACACUUUUUAAAUGGAUCUCAAUGCUAGCUCCGAUUGUGCUGGCGAUAUUUGCUUUAGAGAUGCUUUGCAGAUAUCUGUAGAAGUAAAGGUUAUUCCUUUUAUUCCAAAUUGAUGCCUACUAUAGGCUUCCUUUUGGAAUCAGAGGAUUAGCUCUAGAACUGAAUAUCUCCUUCCAUUUGUAAAAGGGACUGAGAUCCAGUAGAAGGAGGGAGAAGUCAAAUGUUUACCAGUCUCCCUCUCCCAUUAUUCUAGAAAGAAGCUCAUCCAAAUCUCUGGAGGACCUUUUAAGGGAGUAUAGGGUUCUUCCGCUUAGAGUUUUUCUAACAGUCAUUUAUUGUUAGAUAAAAUAAACACACGGGCAAGGAGGAAUAAACAAAAAUCAUCUCCUCCCUUAAUGUAGUAACAGUGGAGUCCUCAGUAUUUAUCACUAUUAAUCCCCAUUUUUAUCUGGGAGGACAUGAGCAAGGUCUGGAAUCAAAUUAUUAGUAACAGAAACCAGCACAGAGCGUUGUUCUUCAGUUUUGAGAAUCAUUUUGAGAAGUAGUUCAGAUGUGUAAAUUGUGUUUAUGCUGGAUAAUCUAAACCAGCCUUCUCAAUGUGAUGCCUCCUGUACUAUUUAUUGGACCUUAGCUCUUGUCAGCUCCAACUAGCAUGGUCAAUGGUCAGGACUGAUCCAAAAUAACAGGAGGGUGCCAAGUUGGCUUUAACAAUAAUUUUAUAAGCCAAACAAUCCCAGUAAAAUAAUUAAUAUGUAUUUGUAUUAAGUUACCGGUAAAUAUAUUUAUAUUUUAUUGCAGUUCAUGGUCAGGUAAAACUUCCUUGCACUGCUAUCUUUCUGACCUGUCUUACUAUGAGAAAUGUGGCACCCAACUGCAUACAUUUUUACACAAAAGCAAUUCCCACCAAGUUCAUUGUGACUUUCUUCCAAAAAAGGGUGCCUAAUUGCACCUUUAGCUAUGAAAUUUAUACCAUGCUUUGGGGAAAUCAAGCUAAAUCUGGGCAGGGCUUGAAGCAAUUGCCCAGUAGUAAAGAGCCAUAGUUGGAGUUUGUACUACAAAAAUCCUUUAUAGUGAAUUGUUUACUAUAAAAAACUGUGUUAUCCAUUUCCCCUUUCCACCCUGUUUAUCACGAAUGCCUUCUCCACUUUUGAACCAUCUUCUGGCCUAUGGCCCUAGCCUCACUUAUUAAUCAAGCAAAGCGAUCCAAGCCCCCAGUGCACCGUGUGGGAGGGGACGGAGGUGUCCCUCCACCUAGCCUGGCUGCCAAGCCUCCACUGGCAGGGGAGCCCCACCAGCACCCCAAUUUACCCACCCAAAUAGCAGGUGGGCAGAAGCUACCAUUGGUAGCAGCCCUCAGAAAUCCACCAAAAUGAGGUGUUUCAGGGAUAAGGAAGGGAUGGAGGGCAUAUGCUGGGUCUUGAGCCAGCCCUGCUGCCACCACAGGAUAGCAACAGGCCUAGUCUUGGGGGUGGCACAACAAAGAGGCUCCCCCACUCAUCUUUUGCCUGGGCUAGCACAAGGGACAGAGCUGUGGAUGCGGCCAAGCCACUCUGGCAAGCCCUGUUGCUCCCAGCCAGAAGUUUGGGUUGCCGCCUUAUAUAUCUUAUCCAUGUGCUUUUUAGAAGCUGCUAGGGACAUCUGAGAUUGCUGGGGUGGCUACUUUAAAAAGUUGUACUGAAAUGGCAGAAGAGCAAUGGUUAGAGUCUGUAACCCUCAUAUUGUCUGAUAUGGGAGAUACAAUUGUGUUGCACAUCAGUGUUCUCUAACUUAUCUGUUUUCUCUUUAGUUGUCCUUCUCGAUUCCCAAGACUCGACCCUGGAGAUGCAAAAGAUUGGUGAGCAGCAGGAUGCAGCUGUGACAGAACACCCUCUACCUCAAGAAACCGCUGCCGAUGAAAUGAAUGGAACAGGUAAACCCUCUUUAUUAUUGACUACUUCUUUCCACAUCUGUUAGCCAUGCUGAAAACAGAAGUAAGGCAAGAGCAGUCUGUCUUGGUCAGUUCUAGCUCUCUCUGCUUCACAAUUACCCUUUGAUCAUGUAAACAUUUAGAGCCUUAUUCAGCCAAAGCUAAGCUCUUUGAAGUCAUAUUGAUUUCAACAGGAAAGAAUCAAGCAUUUCAAAUUGAAGAGACUUAGAAGUGUAUAACUAUAACAUGUCUUCAUUGCUUAAUGUUUUCUCAAGGUAAAAGAUUAUGUAGGCAAUUCCUAAGUUUUGAAAAUCUAGUUCUGAAUUGAAGAAGAGAAAUGCUUUGUUUUUUUCUUACUAGUUACUGAGUUUUAAUGGCUAAGGAUGUAGUCUAUAUUUUUGUCACUGGUGGCAACCAAUAUUUAAUUAUUGUGAACUUCAGCCUAAUACUGCAAUCCUGCACUUGCUUCCUUGGAAGUCGGUCCUACUGAACUCUUGGAAGUGUGCAUAGGAUUGUAGCCUAAUGCUGCAAUCCCUUAUCCAUUACUAGGGAGUAAGCCUCACUGAACUCAGUAAGAUAUGUUUCUCAGUGGACACGAUUCUACUGUUAGUAUCUUAGGUAAUUGUUGCUAUUGCUUUAUUGACAUUUCAGCUCACUUCAUCUUGGUUGACUUUUUCACCUGACCCUCCUCAGGUAUUUCCGGUGCACAAACGAAUAGUGAUAUUGAAGCUUUGCAUCAGGCCUACUGCCAUAUUGAGCAGUCUUUAGGAGAUUCUGAUGAGCAAAGAAUUCAUGGUGGUAAAAUAGAAGAGAACUUGGCUAAAGAUGUUUCACCGAACACAGAAGGCUGUCCCAAAAAUACCUCCACUACUGAUUCUGGUAAAUAUUGAAAAUUCCCAAUACAACUUUAUUUUGGCAUAUGCCCAUAAAUGAUUCCUGAUUUAUUAUUGCUUCCAGCACAAGCUUAUACCAACACUGGUGGCUUGGGGAUGGAGUCCUUGAAUUCUCUUGGAAUCAUGUUAUUUUACCUCUCCUCUCGAGACACUAUUUUCCCAUCUCCAGCAUUCAAUCCUUAUGUUUAGUAGGCUGCAGUUGCACUAGCACCAAACCACAGUUUAGUUAAAAGAUUGGCUGCACACUGUUGCAAAGGCAAGCAUAAUUGUUAAUGCAGUCUGUCUUCUAGUGUACACAUGGCUUCAAGAGCACUUUCUGAGCCAGGCUGAGGGCAAAGUCCUUUUUUUAAAAAUCUCCCUUUUAAUUCCAUGAUGACUCAUCCUGCUAUCUGCUGCAUCAGAACCUGCACUUGCCUAGAUGUUUAUGAGGUCUUCCUCAGCUUUGAGGAUAGUGUUUUGGUUUCCACGGAGAUCCUUCAUGGCUCAUUCUUUUGUUCACAAUAGCUUCUCUCCCUUUAUUUAUUGAUAAUAUUUAUCAUCUGCCCUUCAACAUAAGGUCCCAGAGCAGGUUGUAGCAAGAUAAUAUACAGUUAUAAAAACAAGUAAAUCCAUUACAGUCAUAAAAGCACAUAAAAAUGUUCCAAAUGGAACAAAUUCAGCAAAAGAAGUGCGCAACAUAAAACAAUAUCUUAAUGGUCUCAAAGGCCAAGAUAAAGAGGAGCAUCUUCCACAUACAGUCUUCAUAAGUGACUAUUAGCCCCAUUGACCCUCAGCAGCUUGCUGUGGAAACUGCCACCCACUGAAUUAUUAUUCAUCUGUGUCUUUGCUACCUGCUGAGAUACUAGCACAGCAUGAAAGUAAAUUUUGAAGCACUGACGAUGCUCAUUUUUCGAGUGGUAGGUCCUUAAUCAGAUACCGUUUGAGUGUGUUCAUUUAGUAAUGUGAAAGUUGACCCAGGAGUCACACAAACUGUUCACUCACUAAAAAAGAUUGCAUAUACAGGAGACCUGACCAAAAUGUAAGACAGUUACUAAACACAUACAUAAAAGUGAAGAUUAAUUGGUUUGUAAAUAGUCUGGGGAGGUUAUGAAUUAUAUCUCAAAAGGAUUGCUGUCGUUACAAAAGGAAUGUUAUGCCAUAGACAGGAGAGAUCACAUUACAUAUAACAGGAGACUACCUAUAGCCAAAGACAUACUGGAUGUGCACAUGCAUGUACAUGAACACAGAAUCAGUGGGUGAGUUUCAUUUGAAAGUAUUUCAUUACUGUUUGUUGAUCUAGAAUGUUGUCGUUUCAUCUACUUAGAUCUCCCCACCAUAGAAGAACUGAUGAAACCUAUCAGAGCAGAUUCAGAUUUUACCAGGGACCCUGCAAGGUAUUCAUUCUAGAAAAUACACAGUUUAUGCCAAUUAAUGUCCUUUCUUUCUGUCUUGUUCUUUGCCCCCUCCCCCUUCUUCAACCUCUGUCCAAAGGAUUUGGGAGUUUGUCUUAGCUUGCAGUUUGUGCUUUGCAGUUGAGACAGAUCAGUCCUUAAAACCUAAUCCUGAGAUUGAGUCCCAUACUGCCAGUACUCACUUAAUACAGUUAUUGGCUUAACUUUGAAACUGGCAUGCUGUUGUGCACCUGAAAUAGAUUCUAAUGGUCCAGUCCUGCAGAAUGCUAAACUAAGAGAACAGGUGCUGUGACUGGGCACAGUUUCCAGCAUAAGUGAACAGCUCUUCUCUUUGCACCAGCUGUAGGAGCCAACCCUAGUCUUUUCUAACAUAGAAAGCUGCUUUAUAUUAAGUCAGGCCAUUGGUCAAUCUACCUCAGUAUUGUCUACAUUCAUUGGCAGCCUCUGUCAAGGGUUUCAGGCAGGUACAUUCCCAGCCCUACCUGCAAAUGCUGUUAAAGAAAACUGGGAAUAUCAAGCUGUGUCUUUUCCACUCAGCCUCAUAUAAGGUGCUGCUUUUUAGCUCCUGCAGCACCCACGGUUUCUUCCAUGACUGCUUAAAGCCCGUCCUGCAGGAUCAGGCCAUAUGUCUUAAUGUAUCCCGUUAACAGUCACGUAACAAUAAUGUGUAAACUAAAACCUAAUGCAUAUAAUCUUUGGCUUGUGCUUUCUUCACUUUUUUUCUGUAGCCCUGUGAAAGCAACACACAACGGCACUGAUGAAUUAAUGAGCCAUUUAAUACUGGAAGAGCAGCAGAAUGCUACUGCUCAGGAAAAGCAAAACAUUGGCUGUUCAUUGGAGCAGCAUAGUGGACAAGAGAAUGUUUUUGUUCAAGCUGUUGCAAAGGAAGAUAGUGAACUGAUUCCUCAUCAAAGGACUGGCAAGGACAAACGGAUUGAUAAACUUAAACAUGAUGUGUUGAGGCAAAAUAGUCUCCCAAGCUCUUCAGUAUUGCAUCAAGACAAAAAGACUAACCAGGUAAACAGCAUCUCAGUGUCUUAAAGAGAUUUAUGCAAGUAUAAAGAUCAGCUAUGCACAUAAUAUAUUUAUUUGUUUGUUUGUUUGUCUGUUUAAUAAACAGAUUGUACAUAAUAUUCACUAGUUAGGCCCUUGGGUGCUACAAGGAUUAAUUGAUUGAUUAUUUUUUCCUUAAUAUUUUUAUCUCACUUUCCUUCACCAAGCACCAAAGAUGGUUAACUAAAUUAGCCUCCCUAGAAAGAAGUCCAAGACACUGGGCUCAGCCAAUAAAGAUCUCUGUUGUUGAAUCCCUGCUAUUGUUCCCCAUUUUUUUCCUCUAACCCAGGGGUAGGCAACCUAAGGCCUGUGGGCCGGAUGCGGCCCAAUCACCUUCUCAAUCCGGCCCGCGGACGGUUCGGGAAUCAACUUGUUUUUACAUGAGUAGAAUGUGUGCUUUUAUUUAAAAUGCAUCUCUGGGUUAUUUGUGGGGCAUAGGAAUUCGUUCAUUAUUUUUUUUCAAAAUAUAGUCCGGCCCACCACAUGGUCUGAGGGACGGUGGACCUGCCCACGGCUGAAAAAGGUUGCUGACCCUUGCUCUAACUUUUUCACUGUUGCAGUUUCCUCCUUGACCUCUUCCUGCCUCACCUGUCUUGACACUCUUGGCUAAUCUUCUCUGAUUAUGCAGCUUUGAAGACAGAAGCUGCCUUGUCUUCUGUGUCUGAAGCAGCUGAGGGCUAGGCAGCUGAAUAUCAAAGAAGUCUUAGUAGACCUUUAAAAUAUUAUCAACAGACUUCUUUCCAUCCCACUCUUACCCAUGUUUACUCGGGUAAGCGAGAUCAAUUUCAGUGGGACUUACUUCCAGGCAAAUUGUUUUAAGAAUGCAGCCUUCACCUCUCUCAGUAUAGCCCAUCAGUAGCGGUGAGGCAGAGCCACUCUUCUGACAACUGUGUUGCUCCACUACCUGGAUAGAGCAGGGCAAUGGAAGGUCAGGGCUGCUUAGGUGCACCAGCAGUAGUGCUGGAUUGGCCAACAGAGCUCUGACCCCAGCCCCACCCAGGUAAGCUGCAGUGAUGGCAGUGCCAGGAAGGCUGCUUCACCCUGCCACAGAAGCUGGUACCUCUGCAUGGGCACACAAAUUUGUUUCCUGGUUAUUCUCAUUUUCCAGACUUUGGGAGCUAAGAGGAAAUUUUACACAUGAGCUGAAUAGCACAACACAUUGAAAUGUAAUCUGGUAUAUAUCAUUGGUGUGGAACCUCUAUUCCCUUGAGUCUCAUUAGACCUACCAGCCUCAGAGGUUUGCUCACCAGGUUGUUUUGGGCACGCUAUGCCCUACUUUGCCUGGCCUGAUGACCAGGGAAAGUUCUAACUAGCUAACAGGAAGUGUGCUCCCAAUUCUUCCUUUGCAUUCUGGCUUGAAUUCAAGCAGAUUCUUUCCUUUGAAGUUCUGUCACCUGAUACCUGAUGAUUGACAGGUGAGCACUCUGUAUAAAACUUGUUGUGUUAAGCUCAUUGUAAACACUUGACUUGAUUUUACAUUCAAAGCCAAGCUGGUUGAUUUAAUAUUAUAUAAUGUUGUCUCCAGACCCGUCUUUCCCACACUUGGACUAAAGAAGGUCUAAAUUCGGUGAUGAACAAACAAGUAACAUUCAGAAAUACCAAAAAUACAGCUGCUGUACAUAGAAAGAAAUCUCUAAGUGGACCCCAUAGCUCUGUUAGGAGUUCUGGAUAUGGAAGAUCCAGUUCUCCAUUAAAGCACUUUUCCACAAUUAAUGAGAAGAAGACAUUAAAGGAAAACGUCAAAAAGCCAGUUUUAAAAACAAAAUCUCCUCCAAGACAAAAAGGUAAUGGAUUUUUAGUGUGUCUUUAAUGCAGAUGUGUUUGAUUUAAUGUAGGGAAAAUGUCAAGUGUAGGAUUCCUCAAGGUUAAAUAUUACUGCAUACUGCUUCUUGCAAGAUGAUAAUACUGUUUAAAAACGUGGAACUUUUAGAUACAUUCAAACAUACGUUUUAACCUAAAAAAAUUUGUUGGUAGAUUUACCAGUGCUCAACAUAGCAACGUGAUUGCACAAGGCAUUUCAACUUCUUUAAAGCAAGGUGUAGUUAGUUAACUGCACUUCCAGUUUGUCAACUAUAUUCAGCAAACUGUUUGAGACUGCAGAGUAUCUUUGACCUCGAGUUCCCGAGGCAAAGCCACUGUGGCCUGAGACUAUUUGUAAGGCAGCAGAUAAAGAGUUGGCCAUGAAGGAGUCCCAAAGGGAAAAGAUCACCCUGUGCAUGCUCUUUUCCCUCAGCUUCUCAUUACAAAGAGCUCCUGUGGAUCUUCUCUAAACUGCUUUUUGAAGAUGGGAUAGAUUAUCAAGUUUGAUGAUUCAGGGAAGCAAGUCAGAAUUCAAAACAAAAAACUGAGGACCUAUGUGUUAGUGUCCUUCAGUUUGGUAAACACGGUGCUCUGUUUAGGAUACUCUGAAAAAUAUAGAACUUUCUCCUAAUUUGUUUACAAUCCAAACCUAGAUGAGGAGGAGGAGGAGUUGACAAAGUGAAGGGAGGCUGAGGCUGGGAUAACAAGUUGUAAAUGCAUUCCUGUGCAUACUUACCAUGUGGUCAAUCUGUAUAGGAUUUGGCUGCACAACAUUAAGUGAAAGAAUUUGUGCAAAGGAUGUGUUUUAGAGAAGGAUUUAAUGUCAGAAUUCUAGAUACAAUAAGUAGCAGUGGGAUUUGUUUAGAGACCUUUGAGUAGGUAAGGUUGUUAAAGCAGGAAGGAAAUAUUUUAGAUGGUGGUAUGUUUACAAUAUAAAAGCACAGAAAUAAGGUGAGGGGGUGAAGUUGUAAAAUGACUUGUCAGACACAGGUGCCUUGUUUUAACAUGCAUGUUCCCUACAGGAUUGAUCCUUGUUUAAAGUGCAUUCCCCCCCCCCGCCCCCGAGAAUUGUAAGAGAAGAUUAUAUGUCAUUUUAAAUACUUAGAGGGUAAUGGGAUAUAUAAAGAAGAAUAGUGAACUGUGGAAAGUGGUUUGGAAGUAUGGCAGCAGUAUUUGGUUUUGUAAUUUUAAAGCAGGAAGACAACAGCAGUGGGCAACAUUUAAUGUCACAUGAGUGACCUCCGCCUCCUCUAGAAGUUCCCUCAACACAGCAAAGAGGAGGAAAGGAAGGGGAAGUUAUUUUAUGGAAGCAGAAGUCUAUUCUACUAGUGAACAGGCAUCAUGGAAUUUCGCCCAGUAGUAGUAUUCGCUUUUCCACUUGUACAUUGCAUGAUCUGUUCAAAGAAAUGUUAUGUCUCCAUAUAAAUAGCUAGGGCUAUUAAGAUUACAGCGCCCACUAUAUUUUUUUUCUCAUCCAAGAAACAUUUUCUGGAACUAUGACAAUACAGACAGCAAACAAUCCAGUUUCUACAAAGAGAAAUUACUGUGCUACACCUGGACAAUCAUCUGCAAGCAGUCUUCAACAGCCAGCUAAAGAAAGUGACUCUUGCUUACAGACACACAAUGUAAGUCAUUGCUCCUAAAUUGAAAUUUUUUAAGGGGACUUGCAAGGGAAUAACAGUACUGCAGCAGAUAUAAACUUUUUGUAGAGUCGUAGGAAUCCCUGCUGUCCUGGAGUGUCUCAGUGUCACCCAGGUUGUCUACCCUUACAAAUGUGAGAAGAGAAUACAUAUGUAAUUUGAUGCACUCUAUCUGUUCUGAUCUGUGGCCUGAUUUACACUGCACUUAUAAUGUAACUCCAAAUCAUUGCACAAAAAGUGUGUGCAGCAUUAGAGAUCCCGUUCGGGUUACAAAAGUGUGUUGCCUUCUCUUUGAAUUUAAUAGAGUAAGUGUCCACUGGAGGCAGGGCAGCUGUCAUUAAAAACUGCAUAAGGUUGGAAGCAGAGGUCCAUAAAUGAGAGUGUAGGAAGAGGCAACUUCUAUCCCUGCUCAUUCAUGUAAGCCUUCAUUGAAUCAUAGCCUCUGGCUGGUGGAGCCAGUGUGGUGUUGUGGUUAAGAGCGGUAGACUUGUAAUCUGGUGAACGGGGUUCGCGUCUCCGCUCCUCCACAUGCAGCUGCUGGGUGACCUUGGGCCAGUCACACUUCUCUGAAGUCUCUCAGCCCCACUCACCUCACAGAGUGUUUGUUGUGGGGGAGGAAGGGAAAGGAGAAUGUUAGCCACUUUGAGACUCCUUUGGGUAGUGAUAAAGUGGGAUAUCAAAUCCAAACUCUUCUUCUUCUUCUGCAUAAGGCAGACAUAGGCAAACUCAGCCCUCCAGAUGUUCUGGGACUACAACUCUCAUCAUCCCUAGCUAACAGGACCAGGGGUCAGGGAUGAUGGGGUUUGUAAUCCCAAAAACAUCUGGAGGGCCGAGUUUGCCUAUGCCUGGCAUAAGGAGACCUUUUGAUUUUCCAUUUGUGGAAAUACUAAAUUAGACCCAACCCAUAGUAAAUGAUAUUGAUUUCACUUCAUCUCCAAUGGUUCUCCAUCUAUUAAUUUGAUAACAUCCAUAUCUAUGCUACAGCCCAGGGUGCUCCCAAACAACUGACUACAUUUUUAAUGCAUGAAGUUUUUUCUGCAGUGCCAAAGCUACCUCACACUUGAAACGAGUUGACCUUGAAGCUGACAUCUUGUUUCAUGGAAAACUCACUUGCAUUGUUGUUGUUUUCCUCUCUCAAUUUAAAAUGCUAAAUGGUUCUCAUAAAAUUCAGUCUUUGAAAAUUUUGAAACUUGCAAUUUGUACUACAGAAGUGAAAGAAAAUGAUCCAUAAAUCUUGGUUGAGUGAUGAGCUGUCAGAAUAGUAUACUUUUUCCCCACAGCAGGUUGCCUCAUAUUCUCCAUCCCAAAAUAGUGGGAGGGAGCUUUAUUUACUGCAAAGAGUUCAGGAAGCAGAGGAAAAAUUGGCCGAAGCCCAUGAUUUGAUUCAGAAUCUAAAAGCCACAUCUUUGCAAAAGGAGAAGGAAAUGGAGACUAAGAUCCUAGAAAUGAAAAUGCAACAAGAUAAAGACCGUUUUCAGCUAAACCAAGAAAAUUACAUUCUUCAAACACAGGUACUAUACCUAGUUAUAUCCUUUCCCUGUUCAAUUUUUUUUUAAAAAAAAACCACUUUUAAUACAGUUCACUAAAAACAGCAUUUACUAUAUAUUUCAUUUUAGUUCUGAUAAAAUCAAAUUGGGAAUCAUGGCAAGCCAUGGAUAAAAUGUUGUCUCUCAUAGCUAGCUAAAACACCUUGCAGGAAGUGACCUUUUGCGUUUAGAAGGCUAUUUCAGCUGGUAGCCAAGCAAGCUGCUCCCCACCCCCUUAAUAUGUUUUGCUAUAUUGCAAGGAGACAGGCAUAAGAUACAAAUAAGAGAACAGUCUGUUAAAUGUACAGGAAUCUGUUAAUAAGGGCUUUUUCUUCCGAGUGAUUUUAUGAAGUAUACGUUAAUCAUAGUUCAUGUUUUCUCAGCUAAAUAACAGAGGAGACCCGAACAAAGGAACAAAGUUGUCAAAUGCUUUGGAAAGAAUUCCUGAUGAUGGAGAAAUGCUGAAAGAAAUCCAAAAAGAAGUCCAAAAUCAGGAGACUCUUCUUCAAGGGUAUCAACAGGUAGAUAUACUUAAUACUGUGGCUUCACUGAGUAAAACUUACAAAGUAUUUACACAGUCAGUUUUUAAAGCUGUAUCCAGGUUGAGAACUAUGGUGCAUUGUAUUAAAAUAAAAGGAGAGGUGGGGAGCUUGAUAGUGAAUUGACCAGAUUGUUGAAGGUCAAAGGCAAUGGCCUUCACACCACUUAUUAUUGAGGGGAAGUGCGUGGAAAAGGUCUCGGUGUUUCGAUUUCUGGGAAUGGAGUUGAGAGAUGACCUAACCUGGGGAGAAAACAGCAAAGACCUGAUGAAGAGAGCACAGCAGAGGUUAUAUUUUCUGAGAAUCCUCCAGAAAAACAAUCUCUCAAAGGACCUGUUGAUGGCAUUUUACCAUUGAACUGUGGAGAGUGUAUUAACUUAUGGUCUGUGUGUGUGGUUUGGGAGCUGCACGGCCAGGGAAAAAACAAUGCUGUCCAGGGUUGUAAAGACUGCAGAGAGAAUAAUUGGGUGCACUCUUCCCACCUUAGAUCAAAUCUAUGCUGUCAGGUGCCAUAAGAAUUCUGUAGAGAUAGCACAGGAUAGUACACACCCUGGAAAUGAUCUCUUUCAGCUUCUGCCUUCUGGAAGAAGGUAUAGGGUUAUAAAGACCAGGACUAGCCUCCUGAGAAACAGUUUCUACGCAAAUGCAAUUCUGGUUCUAAAUGUAGCAUAAGGAGUCUCUUUAGUAUAUUGUAUUUUAAAAUGGGGUUUCAGAGUUUUUAGGGGUUUUUGAAUAUUUUAUGUAGAUUUCCAAUUUCAUUGUUCUGUAUGGGACAAUGACAAUAAAGAUAUCGUAUAUGAAAAGACAUUGGUAUCUGAAAUUGGUAGAUAAAAGACUGAUAAUGAAGGUAGAGCAGCUGGACAAUCGCUGGGACAUGCAUGAAAAUGUUAGUCCAUUCAUAAGCAAGGGACAAUGUGCAUUGAUUAGUUCAAUGAGGUACUUAUUUAUAUGGAGACGGAAGAAAAGGCUACCCUUCUGGAAUUUGUAAAGAGUAAUUUCUAAGAAGUGUCUUUCACAUGAAUACAUAACAACUAAGUGAAUUAAUCCUUGAUAUUUCAAUGAAGGAAAAUGAAAGAUUAUAUAAGCAAGUGAAAGAGCUGCAGCUAAAUAACAAGAAAAAUGAAGAAAACAUGUUUAAAGAGAACCAGCGUUUGAUGGCUGAGUUGGUGUCUUUACGGUGAGUUUAUUUGAGGAUCUAAUGGAAAAUGUAGAUGACUUUAAGCAGGUCUUAAUGUGAAUGUAAAGAGGAAGCUGCCCACAUACUUGCGAUUAAGCCCCAAUGAACACUAUAGGUCUCUUUUCCAAGUAAACGUACAUAGGAUUGAAAUGCACGUCCAAUUUUUUGUGUGGAAGGGAGUUAAACUUAAUUCUUCCAUUGAAGUCAGCUUAAUCAGGCUUAGGAUCACAGAUAUCAUUUAUUUAUUUUAGAAAAUUAUAUACCAUUUGACUGUAGCAGCAGUCAUGUAUCAAAGCUGGCAAAGAGUUUGGGUGUCUUCUUUUCAGUGUCCCUUCCAUUUCUUUAACUUUUCAAGAAGUAGUAUAACAAUGAUUGUUUGUUUUAUUAAAUUUAGUCGCUUGUCAUCUAAAGAGUCUUCAAGGAACUUACAGUGAAAAAUAUAUAUACAUGAAUACAUUAUACCAAAGAAAAGGGGUAUCAUACAACACAUUAACAUUCCAUUCGACAAAAGGGGGAGAGGACUCUCACUAACACUUAUAGAAAAAGUAGUUACUGUGUGUUAAAUAGGUUGAAGAAAAUCAUAUGAAUUGCACUUUUUCAGUGACAGAAUACACCUACCAGUAAAUAAGACCAAGGGUAUAAUCCUCUACCCCCAUCUUUCUCACCCAUGUUUCAGUAAUGCAUGCCAUUGGGCACUCUCAUCCAUGAAUGAGCACUGUCUUAUUCUGUACAGACCUGGCAUUUAGCAAUAGCACACCAAGCUGUUGGGCACAGUGGAAGAGCAUCCAACAGUAUUCUGGAGCUGUGGGGAGGCAGAUAUAGGCAUCAGAUGUGAGCAUCUUUUGUUCCAUUGCCACCACCAAGCUGUGCCUAUUUUUUCCUUCUGUCACCAAGUUGCAUGGUCCCCUGUGCCUUGGCUCUGUGCAACUCCCUGCAAAUACAUGCUGCAUGCAGAUUACCUUUUCACAUCAACCCCUAAUGCAUCAUAGCAGUCAACAAUACAGUGCCCAUCCAACCAAUUCACCAUCACAUAAAGAGAGAAUACCCAUGCAGCAGGGAAGGAAGGGGGAAGGGGAGGCGGAAGAAACAAUAAAUCACAAGAGAGAGGGAGAGAGAAAGUCUCAGGCGGCCUAUCCCAAAGCUCACCUGGGGUACUUUAACAUUCACCCACCCCUGCUUCUUACCUAUGGGUGCUGACUCCCACUAGAUUCACAGCCUCUCACUCUGACAGUACUAGGCAAAAUAAACAUUCGCCAAUAUUUCUCACCAGAGAGAAUAAAACAGUCUUCCAACAAUCAGCACCAAACUAUACCUUGACAUGACAUGUGAAGGUCAGCAUGAGUUAACAAGGACUGGAUAUUUUAAAAAUUACUCUGAUUUAAUUGCAGGAAUAGUGUUUAGAUAGAACUACUUCAACAAACCAUGAGCUGUAUAAAAUUAAUAAUCCUCUCUUUUUUUCAAAAUUAAACUAGAGAGCAACAGGAUAAAAAUAACCUUUUAUCAUGUGGAGUGCGGAAUGCUGAAUCAGCUGGGAAUCAGAGUUUCACUGACCUGAUUUUAGAACUUCGGGCUGCCAAGGCAAGUACUUAUGCUUUUUCUUUAGACUAGUUUGCUGAAAUAGACACCACUUAAAACAUUAUACAUUUUGCCAACAAGUUGCUAUUACUAUUAAUUAUUUUUAUUUCAAAUAAUGAAACAAAUGGGCCAUUUACGAUAAAUUGCUGUGGCCAAGCUGCAUGGAGACCUCUAAACAAGACACUAUAAUUUGCAUUAUAUUGACACUGCUGGCAUAACAAAUCUGCUCCCCUCUGCUGUGCAGGUCAGGCUCUUUUUCCCCAUGCUGUGGCCCCAGUACAGCAGAUCCAUGCCUGGAAAUCUCUCACUUUAUCCAGGCAUCAGUUCAGUUCACUUCAAUGGUUAGAAGAGGUGUUAUCCUCAUGGCUGAAUUGAUUUUCGAAUGCUGUGUUACUUUUAUUGUUGUUAGCCACUCUGAGCCCGGCUUCGGCUGGGGAGGGCGGGAUAUAAAUAAUAAAAAAUUAUUAUUAUGGCAUGUUUUCUGUAUCUCUCUUUUGUUUUCCUGGGGUGUGGGGGAUGAAGACUAUAGAAAGCAAUUUGCUCGAAGAGAGAAAGCGUCUAAAGCAAGACAAGCAAGCCCUUGAAGUAGAUUUGGUGCAAGUGAAGAAGGAACGAGAUUUAGCAAGAGCCCAAAUCACUUCCACUUCAGGUAAAGCACUGCUUUUGAACAGGUUAAUCCUCCGUUUAAUAAUAAGAUCUUUUACUUCACUGAAUAUAAAAUCUGUGUUUCCAUUAAUACUGUAUUAAGCUUUUGUGAUACUGUGUCUUGCAUUAACACACCAGGGAAGAGUGGGGUAAUCAAGAGAGAUGGCGGGGGCAGUAGCUGGAUUAUAUGUCCACUGGCAGCUACCCCUCCAGAAACACGUGAGCAGGGUACUGCACAACAUUUGCUUCUGAGAGUUGUCUACCAGAGGGUGGGCCUGUGUGAUGGAAAUCUCACAAAUGAAACAAUUUAUCAUCAUACAAGCAUAGGAAGCUGCCUAAUGCAAGGUCCUCCUCAAAGUGUCGGGUCUUCUCCAUCACCUGAUCUUGCUCCUUUCUGGAGAUGCUAGAGAUUGUACCUAGGACCCUUUGCAUGCAAAGGAAACUGCUCACAUAUGAGUUGGGGACAGGCAACAAGAGCAGUUCCGAGAGAGAAAGUAUGCAUCAAAGACUGGGGGCAGUGGGAGAAAUUUCCCUAAAUUCCUUUUGAUGGCAACGUGGGAUGGAAUUAUUGGAGGGGGGGUGUUGGUUCCAGGCCACUGGUUCUUUGCAUAUCAGUAGUAGUCUGGUCUUCCUAUGUAUAUUAUUAGAAUGGAAAGGAAGGAAUAGCAGCUCUCGAAAAAGCUCUCUGCCACCACAACAAAUCGUCAGACUGUAAAACAAUGAUUUAUAGCUUUUCUUUACAAGCAUCAUUUUCACCACAAAGAGGAAAUCUAAAUAUCUUACGGCUUUUGUAGAAAGCUUUAAGAUAUUUAAAAUUAAUUUGCCUCUAUUUUUUCCCCAAUGCCCAAAAUAAGCUUAGUCUUGAGUCGGAUCUGCUUUGUCACACUUUUUUAAUUGGAACAUUUUCUUCCUAGCUGAAAAAUCAUAUGAGAUGAAGAUUGUAGAAGAAUCAUACAAAGACGAAAUUGGUCGCUUGCAGAAAAGACUCCAGUGGUAUGCAGAAAAUCAGGAACUCUUAGACAGAGAUGCAGCUCGCCUUCGAGGAGCUAAAGAAGAAAUUGAUAAACUGCAGCAUGAGGUGAUUGCAUUGUCACACUUCCCUCCAGUACCGUUCAAGGCAGUAGCAAGGCAAAGGCCGUCUGAGACCAGACAGCAAAAUCUUACUUUUUCACAUAGAGAUAAGAGAAAAGGCAUGGGCACCAUGCAGUCUGAACUUCAGGAAUUUUACUUUGGGAAUGGUUGCUGCAAUUCCCUUUUGGCCAGAGCUGAGUAGUGACACUUGGGCUGAAUCCCAUCUAACAUCUUUCAGGUUUCCAGCUGUCAGGGGCUCAAGCAGUUCUGCUUGCACAUUUAUGAUUAUAGAUUUAUCUGUCAUAAAGUUCCCAAAGGCAUGACUUUCAGUCACAGGCUGCCAAGCAAGCUUCCCCGUCUCAGCCUAUGGUCUCCCUUUCUUUGGUUUCACGGUAGGUCAGGGUUUGUCUGAAUCUAGGCUGUAAUUCAGUUUCCACUCCAGAAUAUGUAGUUAGAACAUUCUGCGCAUGAGAUUUGGCACUAACUAAACUGGGAUAAAACGACCCAUUCAUUUACCAUGCUGGUACUGAUUUUCCCCUGCUGUUUAAAUUACAAGUUUUGUAAAUAAGAUUGAGGGGAUCAUUUCCUAUGCACCGUGGUUACCAAUUUCUGUGUUUAUCGUUCUUGUUCGUACACAUGCAAGUCUUUAACGGUUUUAAAGAAGAGGUCGUGCUAAUGAUAAAAUGAAUGGAUUGCUUACAUCGCUCUUCUGUGUGCCUUUCUGUGUACUGUGUAGGUGGAUCAGCUUAGAAGUGAAGCUGGGAAUCAGUCUGCACAACAAAAGAAACGGCUGAAGGACAGAGCGGCAGAUGCCAAACGAAUACAAGACCUUGAGCGGCAGGCACGUAGUACAACAAUUCCCCUUAACAGGCAAGGGAGGGAGGAUAGUCUCUGCUGGUAAUUUAGUGUGGCGAGCCAUACUCUGGCCUCUAUUCUUACGAAUCCAGUUUCGAGAUGUAUGGUAGCAUCGGAGACGUGUUUAGGCACUUGUAGGGCUGAUCUUAAUUUGUUUAGAUUGUACCAGUUCUAAUGGUGCACAACUAGCAAAGAGUGAUCUCGGUGUGACAUCUGUCAACCCACUGUUUGCCAGAGUUGAUUCGGUUGCUAAAAUUAGGUAAAUGGGAGUGCUAUAGGACAGAGAUGGGGACACUGUGGCCUUUCAAAUGUUUGUGGACUCCGGCUGCCUUUGCUUGGCCUUGGCCAGCAUGACUAGUGGUCAAGAAUGGAGUUGUUGUCCCAGCCACAUCUGGAGGGCUACCGCUUUCCUCAUUUAUGCUUUAGGAGAGAAGAAUAAUGGCAAAUCAUCGGCACAACGAAACACUGCUUCCCAUAUAUCUUAACUAUAUAUUGCAAUGUUUCAAACAGCAUUAUAUCCAAAGGUAGGGCACCAAAUUCCAGGUAGGUGAGGAGCAUCGAGUGUCAGAGAAGAAACUGCAAUCCAGACUUCAGAUAUGGGAUAAGUAAUAGGUAAUGAAGUUUUUACUACAUGUGUUUAUGAAAAAAAAUAAAGAUUUUUAUUAAUUAUGUGGUCUAUAGAUAUUGAUGUCAGAGAUAAUUUUGUGGUUUUAAUAGUUGAUUCAUGUAAUUUGGUGAUGCCUUUUAAAGCUAUUACUUCCUUAUACUUUCAUUUCCUGUAUGUAUAUGUUUAUGGCAUAUGGGAAAGAAUCAUACAACUAGGUUCAGAUCCUCAAGAGAACUUUGGGUAUUAUUAUCCUAGGAUCGUAUACAGUAACAGGCAAUGAUUCUCCAGGGUCUCUCCCAAGGGUCUUUUUCCUCACCUGCUACCUAAUUUAUUUUAAGGGGUAAUGCCCAGGAUUGAUGCUGCUAUCAUCUGCAUGCAAAUCUCUAUGAGUGAGCUAUGAUCCCUUCUCUGUUCUCAGUCGACACCAGUGUUCAUCUUCCUAGCAUCUAGCAAACCAUUUUUGCAAGAGAGGAGUAUUAUGAUAAGGCACUGGGUCUGCUGUUCAGUUUUUUUAUAAAAAGAAAAAGUUGUAAAAGCCUCUCUGUGUGCCCAAACUCUUAGGCACAACUUGCUGUGUGACUUUUUUUGGAUGCCAGCCGUGUCUCAUUAAUGAUAGAAUUUUAAAUUUGGAAGCACUAUUUCUAAACAUUUGCAGUGCAAAGUGCGUAGACAGGAUUACAUCCAUGAUCUUAAUUACUGUCAGUAUAUUCUCUGUCAUUGGGAAAAUGCAGCUCAUGUGAUUUCAGCCUAGUUAAAACACAGUAACUAAUAGUUGUUGUCCUAAUUUUUGAAAGGUUAAAGAAAUGGAAGGGAUACUGAAACGAAGGCACCCAAAUUCUUUGCCAGCUUUGAUAUAUGCCGCUGCCACGGCCACUGCUUCUGAAGGGGAAGGCAAUCCAUCAGCAAAAACGAAUACAGUGGAUUUUCUUGAGAGAAGAGUUAAGAAGCUGGAAGCCGAACUUGAGGGUAAAGAUGAUGAAGCGAAGAAAAGUCUCCGUGCCAUGGAGCAGCAGUUUCAAAAGAUAAAGGUGAUUUAGACUCCACUGUGCUUUUAAACAGCAGUAUUGUUUUGAUGCGGUUGCGUAGUUUUCGUUUCUCCCGACGAGUAGUUUGAGCUGCUCCUAGGCGCUCCCAAGUGUUAACUGAAUCCUACAGUAAUGAACCAAGGAGUGGGAAUUAGAUCAUGGUUACCUUUUAUAUAUUCUUUAAAAACUCUUUGUAUUCUAGCACCAGAAAUUUCAAUACCUUUAAUAUUAUAGACAUGCUCCAAUGCAGGCAUAUUCAUGGACAAUAAGUAUGCUCAUUCCUGUGCAGAUUCAGUUGCAUAGUCAUAACAAAAGAUGCCUACAGCAAGUUUGCUUAGGCUCAGAGGAGCAUCCCAGUGGGGAUGUGGGUCUAGGUGCCUAUCUGCUUCCAUAUUAGCAAUGUGUGUGGAAGGCUGCUUCCAUAUGCAGAACUUCCUGAAUUAGGGUGCUCCUUUAUCUGAGCCUUUUAGGGUGCGGAAUUAGGGUGCUCCUUUUAUCCUCUCCUUAAGCUGCACGGGGGGUUAAGGGUGAGGGAGUCACAAAACCUGCCUCUUCCCUUUGCACCCGUGGAAGCAUCCCAUGAGCAGAGCUGCAUUCACAGUUAGUCUCAAUACAGCCCAUUGCAAAAGGACCCUGCAGAUUAUCUGGUCCAAACCCCUGCAAUGCAGGAAUAUACACCUGUUCCAUAUGGGGAUCGAACCUGCAACCUUGGCGUUAUCAACACUAUGCUCUAACCAACUGGGCUAUCCCAUCUGUGUGUAUGAUGCAAAUCUAAUUUACCUGGAAGCGUCACUUCAUGGGGUCUUGUCUUUGCAGAUUCAGUAUGAGAAGAGGAUUGGGGAGCUUGAGCAGCUGCUGGAAUAUAAGCUGCUGAACGAGCCGCAGAAGCUUCCGGACAAGGCCGCCACCCUUGCAGCUCAUGAAAGAGAACUUUGUACUGUAAAUGAAGCCCACCAGAUCACAGUGCAAAACCUUCAGACUGAAAUAAACUCUCUCAGAAACCAGUUAGCUCAGCUAGAGCUGCAGAAGAAAGCAAAAGAUGAUGCGGACCUCCAGUCGCUAGAAUACCAGGUGGAGCAGGCUCACUCUAAAGCGAAGCUGGUAAGACUAAAUCAGGAAAUGAUUGCCAAAAACAGAGAGAUACAGGACCUCACAAAAACUGUAGAAAGGCUUCAGAAAGAGAGGAGAAUUAUGCUCUCAGCUGGCAAAGCAGAUGCUAAAGAGAAGCCUUCAGGAAUCCUGAAAAAGGAUAUUGUCAAACCUAGUCAGCUGAACCCCAGAAAUGAAGAGUUCUUCCCUGGCACUCUCGAUGAGAAAAUAUAUCAGCCCCACGCUUUUGCCGAUUGUCACAUUUCAGAAGUCCUGCAAGAAAACAGCCGUCUGAAAGAUGAUGUAGAAAAGUUGACUCUAGAACUAAGCCAGGAAAGGAUAAAAGCUCAAGCAGCCAUGGCAAAUUCUGAAAGUCUUGUAAGAAGGUAAUUCACUUAACACUGAGCAGUUUUUAAAAUGCGAUGUUCAAGGUCACUCCUUGGGCUUGGGGCAGGAGUGGGGAACCUGGCAGCAUCCAGAUGUUUUUGACUACAACUCAUGUCUUCUAUAGCCGUUAAUGGGGCUGAUGGAGUUGGAAGCCACCAGCAUCUGUUAUGGCUACAGGUUUCCUACUCCUGCUUGUAGGUACACUGUUCUAAUAACCCCACCACCAACUCUGGGCACAGAAAAACCAUACCCUGCCAUUUCUAUAAAUUGUGUAAAUUAAGCCAACAUAGAGAUUUUUUUGUAGUGUAUUGUGCUUCCAACAUGGGAAGAGUCAAUGAGUUAUGCAUAGCUUUGUUCACUGAACAAUGGAAACCUUAUCAUGCUGGAAAACAGUGACUUCCUCUCCCCGCCAUCCCCAUUUUAAUUGUAAUGCAGCUGCAAAAGGCUGCCAUUCCAUUUGGGGCAGUGGUGGCUUGAAGCAGCAGGAGGAGAAAGAAUGUGUUUUAACACCUUUGUGACAUGUACAUUUUUAUUUAUGUAUUCCGUCUUCAUGGGAGCUCAGCCUAGCUGUAAAUCUGGACGUGUAAAUGUCACCCCAAAUAAUUUCACUGAUACUCCAGUAUACAAGAGGAGCUUUAAAAACCAAGCCCCCACAUAGCUAUUUUCUAGGGGAAAAACCACACACACAAGCACACACCCUACAUUUAAUGUGCAGUUUGGUUCUAAGGCAGCUGUCCCCAUCAGGGACUAAGGGCCAAGCUAGGCAUGACCUUCUACAUAUCUUUAACCUUGUGCUUGUGUAUUCAAAAUGUAGUAGGCGCAGGAGGAUAUGCGUUGGAUUGGGGCCAUGACAAGAGGAGCUUUAAACUCCUUUCUCCAACUGCAUACCUGAUUCUCUUUCCACUUAUGCCUGUUAUUUGCAAUUGGAUAAAAUCUUCAGUUGGCACCAUUUUCUCCCAUGGUUAGCACUGGGUGGUGGGAAUGGCAUUUCCAGUUGGGACCGUGGUUGGGGGACAAAGGCUUCAAGCCCCUUUCCCAUGUCACAGUACCUAUCCAGCUGGGAAGACCACAUGCCAAAUAUUUGUGUUUUUAAAGGGCAUGCAGACCAAGGUUAAUGCCAGGUUCAUUUGGGGGCAAACCCAACAUUUCUUUAGCAUUCUUAUCCCUUGCCCUCUUUUUGUACAUGAGCCAAGAUAUAUUGUACAGGAAGGAUUCUAGGCAGAAAAGGAUACUGCUACAGGAACAUCACAGGCAUAAAUGCACAUACAAAUCUAAAAUGUGUUGUUUUUCAUGAAAAUGCUGUGUUAUUUUCUGAUGUUUCCAACAAACUUCUACCUACUAUUUUAUUUUGCAACAUUUACAGGGCAAAGGAAGAUUUGGAAGAAUACACUACAGCGCUUAAAGCAUCACAUCAAAAGGAGCUGGAGAAAAUUCUUUGUCAGUAUGCUAUGGAGCAUUCAACUUCCAAGGCAGCCGAGUUAAAUAGCAAAAUUUCAGCACAGGAGGUGAGGAAGACCAGUCGUCUGUCUCACUGCUUCAAAAAACUGCCAGCGUUUCCUGUUUCUCAAUGUUUCGUACUGUAAUCUUGCCUCUGAAAUAUACUAUGGUAAUAGUUUUGUAUUCAUUUAAGGUGAAGUUCACAAUUCUCCAUUCCAGUGUCUUUUUGUGUUCCUAGUCAUAGCUGAUCUUACAUGCUUAGUCAGAGUUAAAUUCAAGUGAUCUUAAUACAGCUUUACUCAACAAAGUUCAAGUUGUUAAACCAAAGCUCCACUUACCUACUUGUAAUAGGAUUCAAGAGAUACUUUGUUGAAAAAUUCUAAUAAUUGAAAAUCUUCCCAUAGGUCUUUAUUAAACAUCUUCAGCAACAAGUUCGUGAGUUGCAAAGAGAUCAAGAAGCACUUGCGGUUUCACAAAAGCGAGAGGAAAUUCUUCAAAAAGAGGUAAUUCAGAGUAUUAGAAAUUUGAUUCUUUAAAACGACAGUUUGAGCAAGAACAACAAUGUGGUGCCCAGACUCUGCCCUCUUCCCCCUUUCUGCAAUUUAUGUACAGUGGUACCUUGGGUUACAUACGCUUCAGGAUACUGACUCUGCUAACCCAGAAAUAUUACCUCGAGUUAAGAACUUUGCUUCAGGAUGAGAACAAAAAUCGUGCUCCGGCGGUGCGGCAGCAGCGGGAGGCCCCAUUAGCUAAAGUGGUGCUUCAGGUUAAGAACAGUUUCAGGUUAAGAACGGACCUCCAGAACGAAUUAAGUAUGUAACCAGAGGUACCACUGUAUUGGCUUUGGUGCUUCGUUCAUCGAGACUUUAAGCCAGAGUUUUCCAUUGCAUUUUAAAUGGGAAACAGGGGUGCAGUAUUGUACUGCAGAAUGAGAUAUAAAACCAAAAAUAAAAACUAAUUUUUACAUGUGACAAUGUGCGCAUACACAUACACACACACACAAAAUACAUAUAUACCUUGGUUUUCGAACAGCCUAGUUCUCGAACGUUUUGGCUCCCGAACGAUCGAAACCGAGAAGUGGUUGUUCCGAUUUUUGAACUUUCUUUUGAAAGCCAAACAUCCAACAGGGCUGCUGCAGCUUCCGAUUGGCUGCAGCUGCAGGAGCUCUCUCUAGCAAGUGUACUUGGGAUUCCAGCCUUUCCGCUAAGCUAGUGCAAUCCAUAUGACUUCUAUCCUCUUUAUAUAAUAAAUAGUAGGGAUAUUUUAAUAAACAAGUGCGCUUAUUAGAUUCCAGCGUGCUGCAUCCCAUACUGAAUCAAUGGGGAUGGUGUGCUUACUGAAUUCCUUUUGGGGAAACUCCUAUCCCCAGAAAUGUUUUGAGUGGGUGUAGGAACAUCUGUUGCUGCUAAUGCGGUUGAACAUACACAAAAAAAACAACAGGUAAUUUCGUGUUCUCAAAUUUUAGAUGGCAAAACUGUUAGAAGAACUUGGAGAGGCUAGAGAGAGCCAGACCCCAGAGAUGAAACGAUUUGUGUGUCUAGAAAGGAAGAUCAAACACUUGGAGGCCAGAUAUGAACAAAGAGAACAAGAACUUCAUCAGGUAAAUAAAACAGGGAAUUCUUCUCUUUAAAAAGUCAAUGUUUCAAAUGUCUGAGUGCAAAUGCCCUUCAAAAUGCUUAAUGUAACAAGUACUUAAAUUAUGGAGUCUCAAGCCACAUCUAAAAAGUCUGAUAGACCUGCAACCUGAUUUAGUCAGUAUUUAGAUGUGUUGGUUUGUAGAGCCCCUUCCAAAGAAUUUUUAAAACAAGAAUAAAUGAAAGGUUUUCUAAAUGCUCUGAUAAUGAAACAGUCGGGUUUAGAAAUUAUGCUGCCAUUUCUCAUCAGUGAACCUGCUUACUACCCAGGUAAUACAGCAAACACCGCAUAUUGCGGAAGUUGAACAAAUCCAGGAAACUGAGAAAUGGCGGAAGCUGGCACUGUUGAAGAACCAAGAGCUUGAGAAAUUUCGCAUUGAACUGGAUUCGAUUUUGGAUGUUCUACGGCAGCUGCAGAAACAGGGUGUUAUCAUUCCACCAGGUGGCCCAAGCAUGCCGGAAAAUGACUGGAAGACUAGAAAGCUCCUCAUUUAAUCAGUGAAACAGCUUCAAUAGAGAGAGAAGAUGAAGCCUUGCCACAAAAGGUGAUUAGUUUUUAACUUUAUAGUUGUGCCCAGGUUUCUCCUGUAUACAUUUAUCCCAAUCCUUGCUGACUUGUUUUUAUUCUGUAUAUUAAAUAAUACUACUUGCAAAUUUGAAGUGCUGAACUUUUUUUCCCCUUCACAAAAAAGAAUCUCCGCACUUUAUUGGAUGCAUUAAGAGAUUUGUCUACCAAAGUAAACUAUUGGUGACCAAGAAGGAAUAUCCAUAAGCAGCGUAUGAUGUCAACUUUCACCAG